AUGAACUGGUGGAGAUUCCAGUUCUGUGGGCAAGUGGGGAAUAAAGGGGAUGAAGCAGAUGAACAGAGUUAUUUUGGAGGAGUGGCUUUCAUGGAGCUGGUUCAGUGUGUUGAACUGCCCUUUCUGGGCCCUGGUAUAUGUGAAGGUGUGAAGCAGGAAGCCAUGAAAUUUAUGGAGGAGGCAGAGCAGCUCAUCCUGGCCUCAAAUGGGUCCCAGUUUGCCUUUGGAGAGAGCUUCCUGCUGGCAAAGGGGAUACAGCUCACGGACAGGGAGCUCCUGCGCUCCGCUGGGCCCUACGGGCUGGGGGCAGCGAUCUCCCAAAAGCUGCUGUCAGGCAGUGACUCUGCUCUCCAGCUGGCUGCAUGGUCAGCCCUGCACUUCUACUGGCAGAGUCACUUUACUUCAAAGAGUUCUGCUGGGGAAGCAGCACAGCUGGGAUUUUUCCCUUACAUCCCUCAGUGUGAUGGCCUGGGAAACUGGGAGCCAACUCAGUGCUAUGAGAGCACAGGUCAUUGCUGGUGUGUGGAUGAGAGAGGUCGUUAUGUCAUGGAUUCCUUGGUCUCACGCUCAGCAGAACUUCCCAAAUGCCAGACUUCAUGUCAGCGAUCUCGAGCCAAUGCCCUAAUUUCCAGCUGGAGACAGAGCGGUGCCAAGCUGGACACCUCUACAGCUGAUCUGUUCAUCCCCAGCUGCCUUGAGACAGGGGAAUACACGGUGCUGCAGAGAUCUGACACAGAUAUUUGGUGUGUGGAUCCUGCGUCAGGAAAAAUAUUCCAGCGUGGCAGCAAAGACUUGGAUGGCAAUCCUGAGUGUCCCAGUUUCUGUAACAUGCUGAAGUCCAAAGUGGUUUCAGGAGAAGCUGCCAGAGGAGACAUCCCCCAGUGUGAAGGGGACGAGGGGAGUUUCUCCGCUGUGCAGUGCAGCCAGGACCAGGAGAGCUGCUGGUGUGUCUUUGGCAAUGGAGAAGAGGUGCCAGGGACACGAGUAAACGGGGCAAGACCGGAAUGUGCAAGUCCGCAGUGUGCUCUGCCAUUUGGUGCCUCAGCAGUUGCCAAUGGGGCUGUACUUUGUGAAAACAUCCCUGGACAAGAUCCAAGCAUCCAGCAGUGCCAGCUCGUGUGUCGCCAGGGCUUCCACAGCGCCACCCCCAGCACCUCAUCCCAGUGUGAUGCGCGGCAGCGGCGCUGGGUCUCGGCUGCCCCUCUGCUCCAGGCCUGCCAGAAGCUCCAGUUAUUUCAGAUGGUCCAAGCUCAAACACACUUUCAACUACGCCUGCCUCCUGAGAAGACGUGUAGUUCUGACUACUCUGGAUUACUCCAGGCAUUCCAGAUAUUUAUUUUAGAUGAAUUGAAGGCCCGUGGCUUAUGUCAUCUCCAGGUAAAUGCAUUUGGAAAAACCGGCUCAGUUUCCAUGUGUGAUGAUUCCACUGUCUAUGUCGAGUGCCUGAGUGUGGAUCGCCUGGGAGUGAACAUCACGUGGAGGACUCAGCUGGAAAACAUCCCCACAGCUUCUCUCCCUGACUUACAUGAUAUUGAAAAUGCAAUUGUUGGGGAAAAUCUCAUUGGAGCAUUUAUAAAAGAGAUUAAGGAUGGUGUUUUUCUGCUGCAUUUGGAUUCCAAGCAGUUCCUAGCAGAUUCUGUCAUUGAUUUUCCCCGGGAUGAAGAGUUUGAUCUGUCUCCCCGUGUGCAGCUUGGAUGUAGAAGUGGGUUUAGAAGAAUUUCAUCUUCUGGGAAAGCAGGCCCUAAUUCACAAGGAUGUGUUGUUUGUCCUCCAGGCAGUUAUUUCCAGGACGAUGAAUGCAUUCCCUGCCCUCUUGGCUACUAUCAGUAUCAGACAGGACAUUCCUUCUGUAUCAAGUGUCCUGUGGGCAAAACUACCUACUCCUAUGGGGCAAUCAGUGCUGAUCACUGUGUCACCCCCUGCCAGAGCAGUGAGCAGGGCCUGCAGUGUGAUGAAGAUGGCCAGUACAGACCUUCCCAGCAAGACCCUGCCACCAAGAAAUCCCUCUGUGUCGACAGCUUUGGGGCAGCCCUGGACUGGACUGAAACAGAGGAUCUCCUGACAGAUGAGCAGUGCUUGGUGCUCAGAAAAUUUGAAAGAGUUCCUGCCUCCAACCUGAUUUAUGGGUCAGAAGAAGCUCAAAUUCUUCAGUCUCAGUCAUUUGGGGGAGACCUGCAAAACACGUAUUUGCAGUGCAUUUCAGGCUGUGAGAGGGAAGAUGCCUGUGGCUUUGCAACAGUAGCUCCUGCUGGUACUGAAGUGCUCUGUGAAUUAUACAGUGCUGCUGAAGCCAACUUCAACUGCACCACCUCUGGAUUGGUGCAAGGUGUCUUGGGGAACCCUUCAGCCACUGGCAUCAGUGGCCUCAGCUGCUUGCUGCGUGUCAGGAACCCAGGGGGAGAUGCGCUGAUGGUCUUUUUGAAGAGAGGACAGGAAUUCAGCUCCUCUGGACUGAAGGCCUUUGAGAGGACUGGCUUCCAGAACGUUCUGUCCGGCGUGUACCGCUCCCUGGUGCUCCCAGCAGCCGGCGCAUCCCAGACUGAUGCUGGGCUGCUCUGCAGGCAGGAGUGCAGCCGGGACUCCUGCUGUGAUGGCUUCAUCCUGAGCCAGCUCCUGCUGGAUGCAGGUACCAUUCUGUGCAGUUUGCUGAGCUCCCCAGACGUGCUGAUCUGCAAUGCCAAAGGCUGGAGUCCAACACCAACCUCAGCCAUGGGGGAGAUGUGCAAAGGUGUGAGCUAUGAUGAGAAGGAGAAGAGGUUUUCCUUCACCAUAGGAGGGCAAGUGUUCAGUGGAACUUCUCAGUUGAUGGAAGAGGCGGAAAGAAAUUUCACUAGCUUUCAGGAAAUUUACCUGUGGAGAGACUCUGAUAUGGCCACCCGGAUGAAAACCUCUUUGUGUGAGGCUGCUGCUUUGGAGACAAAGGAUGAUCUGGUGUUAUCAGAUUCCACAAACGAUCUUUUCUACCUAAUGGACAACAGCCAGAUACAAAGUGACCAGAACUACUCUCUCCCUUACCAGCAGUACUGGGUCUUCAGGCAGAAGUACUCAGCUGAGGAAGCUCUGCUUUGGUGUCUCACACGCUGUGCCCAAGAGGAAGAGUUCUGUCGAAUGGCAGAUCUGCAAAGUGCCACAGACCAAUACUUUGUGUGUACCCUCUACCCAGAGACACAGAUUUGUGACAGCAGCAUCAACCAAAUACCAGGAAACUGUGCAACUGUUCUACCCUGGCAACCACAGACACUGUACCAUAAAAUAGUCACUCUUAAAAGUUCUGUGAAGAGCUUCUACACACGUGUACCAUUCCAGAAAGUAACAGAAAUCUCAGUGAGGAAUAAGACUGACAUGAGCAGAAAAGCUGUUUCAGACGGGUUUUUUGAGUGUGAGCGUUGGUGUGAUGCUGACCCCUGUUGCACAGGAUUUGGCUUUUUUAAUGACUCUCAGCUGUCAGGUGGGAAGAUCGUGUGUGUGACUCUGAACAGCCUUGGAAUCCAGACGUGUGCUGAGGAAGCAAGAAGUGCUUGGCACAUUUCAAAUUGCACUUCACCAGAUGCUGAAGUCAAAAUACACCCAUUUGGCUGGUAUCAAAAGCCUGCUGACUUGAAGAGUACCAUUCCCAACCUGUGUCCAUCUGUUAAUUUACCUUUCAGGCCAGAAAGUGAGUAUAUGGAUGCUUGGCAACCCUUAAAUGUGUCAUCUGUUCUCCUGGAUUCAUCCAUCUCACACUUUGAAGUUGUGCAUAUUAGCAGAGAUAUAUCUAAUGACUUCUCCACUGCCAGAGAUUUUUGCCUAUCUGCUUGUUCAAAGAACCAGUCAUGUUCAGUGGUCACACUGGAAAUCCAGCCUUCAGCCAUAAGGUGCAUUUUCUACCCUGAUACACAGAUGUGUGCACAUGGCCUGCAAGGGCACAGCUGCUGGGUUUUGCUGAAAGAACCUGCUACCUAUAUCUAUAGGAGACAAGAUUUACUCCUGCCCAUUUCUGAGUCGGAUUCAACCCCAAGAGUGUACAUCCCGUCCCACGGAUACCUGAUGGGCAAAUCCCAGGUGAUCCAGGUGGGCUCAGGAUGGAGGAACAUCAGCCAGUUCCUGGGCAUCCCUUACGCUGCCCCUCCCCUGGGCGAGAGGCGCUUCAGUGCCCCAGAGCCGUUGGCUUGGCGGGAGAGCUGGGACGCCACGGAGCCUCGGGCAGCAUGUUGGCAGCCAGGAGAUGGAGAGGCUCCACCACAGUCUGUCAGUGAAGACUGUCUGUAUCUGCACAUCUUUGUUCCUGACACCACUGUCAAAAACAUGUCAGUGUUGCUGUUCUUCCACAAUGGAGGGAGUUACAGUGCUGAAGAGGGAAAGACAACCCUGGAUGGGUCAUACCUGGCUGCGAUUGGCAACGUCAUCGUCGUGAUGGCAAACUACCGGGUCGGUGUCUUUGGCUUCCUGAGCACUGGCUCUGCUGAGGCGAGAGGGAACGCUGGUCUUUGGGACCAGCUGGCAGCUCUGAGGUGGGUGCAGCAGAACAUCGCCAGCUUCGGGGGCGACGCCGGCCGCGUUUCCCUGGGAGCCGCGCGCGGCGGGGCCGAUGUCGCCAGCGCUCACCUGCUCACAGACACAGCGGGCACAGGCCUCUUCAGGAGGCUGCUCUUGAUGGGAGGCUCAGCUUUUUCUCCAGCAUCUAUAAUUACUACCAGGAGGGCACAGACCCAGGCAGAAGCCCUGGCUGAAGAUGUGGGAUGCCCUUCAUCCACCAGUGAGGAAAUUGUAGCCUGCCUUCGCCAGUUGCCUGCUCGUGUCCUCAAUGAUGCUCAAACUAAGCUGCUAGCUAUUAGUGGCCCAUUCCAGUACUGGGGUCCAGUGAUAGAUGGAAUUUACCUCCGAGAACCUUUGGCUAAAGCCCUGCAGCGUCCUUGGCUUCGGAAAGUAGAUCUGCUCAUUGGAAGUGCUCAACAAGAUGGCCUCAUCAGCAGAGCCAAGGCAAUUAAGAAAUUUGAAGAAAGUCAAGGAAGAGCCAACAGCAAAACAGCGUUUUAUCAGGCUCUGCAAAAUUCUCUAGGAGGAGAAGAGUCCAACUCAUUCAUUGAAGAUGCAGCUACAUGGUAUUACUCCCUGGAACACUCAACUGAUGAUUAUUCAUCCUUUUCCAGGGCGUUGGAAAACGCCACCCGUGACCAGUUUAUCACGUGUCCCAUCAUAAACAUGGCGAGUUACUGGGCUGCUGCCUCUCAAGGAAAUAUCUUCAUGUACCACGUACCUGAGAGCUCCUCACAGAGCAGCUCAGGUCAGGAGUUCCUCCUGGAUGUUCAGUAUGCAUUUGGGCUACCCUUUUACCCGAAGUAUGAAGUACAAUUUACCGAAGAAGAAAAGGGCCUUUCCUUGAAAAUUAUGCAGUAUAUCUCCAAUUUCAUAAACUCUGGAAAUCCAAACUACCUGCACAGUUUCUCAAGAAGAAUGUUGGGGGUGAUGCCUGCCUGGCCUAUGUAUCUGUCAAGUGAUGAUGGUGAUAACUACAAGGAAUUCACUGCUUCUUUGCCGACACUUAAAGGACUGAAAAAAGCCGAUUGUUCCUUUUGGUCUGAUUAUAUCAAAAGACUGAAAGCAUCCACAGGAAGUGCAAGUGGUGGAGAGCCCUCUGCCGAAAACAGCUCUGGUGAAACUCCAAGUGAAGUUACCUCCCUGGAGAGCCAGCCCCUGGGGGAUGAGGUGGCUUACAGCAGAUAGGGAAUCACAGGGCUGUGGGGUGGCUUUGUCACACAAUUGUGCUUCCACACAACCAUCUCACACCAGAUGAACAACACUUCCUUCAGUUAACUUUCUCAACAAGUCAAUUAGACCUUUCAAUAAAGUAGUUUUCAAGAAAAUUUAUUAACAUGGCA